GCAACAAGCCGCCGAGGCCGACGGCGACGGGAGCCGCCCCCCCCCCAAUCCCCAAAUCCUGCGGCGCGGGGCUCAAAUUCGGCGCCAGCACCUGCUAGGCGCGCGCGCUUCGGCCCGUCGUAUGGAUCCAGAUGUUCUCGUGGGCCCGUAGCAAGCAGUCCUCGCCCGCCUCCUCCUCCGGCCGCCGCGGCGGGGACGCCGCCGCCGCCGCCAUGGACUCCGGCAGCCGCCGCAGCGGCGGGGGGAGCGGGCACGGGAGCGGCAGCGGCAGCGGCAGCGGGAGCGGGAGCCGGGGACGCAGCCCGCGGCUGGAGAGGCGCAACGCGGCGAAGCACAUCGACUACGAGGCGGGCGCGGCGGCGGCGACGUCGGUGUCCGCAUCGUGGUCGACCUCGUCGUCGGAGCGCUCGCCGGGGGGCCGGCCGACGCGCUCGCUCGACCUCGCGGCCAGGGGCGGCGGCGCCGACUUCCGCAUCAACGGCAGCGCGGAGGGGGAGGUCGACGAGCUCUGCCGCAGCCUCGGGCUGUCGGGGCCGGAGGAGUUCGCCAUCCCCGUCGCCGCCUGGGAGGCCCGCAAGGCGCGCUCCAGCUCCGACCUCCUCUCCCGCCCCCGUCCGGACCCGGACUCGUCGGCUCUUCCCGUGGAGGAGCCCGCCCCCGUCGUCCGAACCGUCUCCGCCCCCGAGGUCCCGUGGCCCGCUCCUCACACCUUCCCCGACCCCAUUCCCGAGGAGUCCAUCCACUCCUCCUCCGCUUCCACCGCCACUGACUCCGUGGAGGAACCCGUCGCUGCGGCACCGCAGGAAUCCCCCAAAGCAACCCGUGCGGUUGCUGUUGCGGCGCCCGUCGCGGCCUUGUCGCUUCUCUCGCCGAGAAGGGGCGGCGGGGAGGUGGGGAUCCGGGGCGUCCGGCCGCCGGUGCUCUCCCCGCCUCCACCGAUCACGGGGCUCGCACCCCCACCGGCGAGGCAGUCGUCUGUGGCUGAUAUCAUGAGCGGAUCGGCCUGGGACAUUGUGAACUCUUUCGCUCCCACGGAGGGGAAUAGUGAACUGAGAAUGACCUAUGAGCAUGUUGAAGCAUCUCCCAUGUCAGACACAGAGGAGGAUAAUCCUGAGGAGAACGAUGAAGGAUUGACAGGGCUUGAGGGGGAGCUGAAAGGCUGGAGGGUUGGGGAGACCUUUGAAGGGUUCACCGGGACAUCCUCAUUGUCGACAACGAAUGAUGACGAUGCAUCUAGCACGAAUACAGAGGCCGUGUUCGUCAUCUCACCGAAUGGCAAGUUCAAGCGGAACAUCAAGUCAUGGAUGCGUGGUGCACUUCUGGGAAGUGGCUCAUUCGGGAUGGUGUACGAGGGGAUCAGUGAUGAAGGUGCGUUCUUUGCUGUUAAGGAAGUGUCUUUGCUUGACCAAGGAAGCAAUGCACAGCAAUCUAUUCUUUCACUUGAACAGGAAAUCGCUCUCCUUAGUCAGUUUGAACAUGAAAAUAUAGUCCAGUAUUAUGGAACUGACAAGGAAGAAUCAAAACUCUAUAUUUUUAUUGAGCUUGUUACACAAGGUUCUCUUUCAUCCCUCUAUCAAAAGUAUAAACUGCGAGACUCACAAGUCUCUGCGUACACAAGGCAGAUUCUCAAUGGAUUGGUUUAUCUCCAUGAGAGAAAUGUGGUCCACAGAGAUAUCAAAUGCGCCAAUAUAUUGGUUCAUGCAAAUGGAUCGGUAAAACUUGCAGAUUUUGGGUUGGCAAAGGAGAUGUCCAAAAUUAAUAUGCUGAGAUCAUGCAAAGGAAGUGUUUAUUGGAUGGCACCUGAGGUUGUUAAUCCUAGAAAAACAUAUGGGCCUGCAGCUGAUAUGUGGAGCUUGGGCUGCACUGUAUUGGAAAUGCUAACCCGCCAAAUACCAUAUCCUAAUGUCGAGUGGACAAAUGCUUUCUUUAUGAUUGGAAAAGGAGAACAACCUCCCAUUCCCAGCUCCUUGUCAAAAGAAGCUCAAGAUUUCAUACGCCAGUGUGUAAGAGUUGAUCCAGACGAGCGACCUUCCGCAUCACAACUUUUGGCGCACCCAUUUGUUAACAGGCCACUUCGAGCUUCUUUUGAUUCUUUGUCUCCUCCGAUCAAUAGGCCAUACUUCUUAUCCCUGCCGCGCGCUUAUUCCGGCGCAGGACGAGACACGCGGUUGCCGCAUGCCCCCGCACCCCGCACCCGCACCCGCAUCACCGUGCACUCCACCACCGCCCAAGCAAGUGGCGGGCAGCGGCGGCAGCCGGACCCAGAGGCCUCGGGCGGAGCGCCUCGACGGACGCGCCGCACCAUCACCAUCACCAUCGCCAUGAGGAGGGCGCAGCCGCCGCUGCCGCUGCCGUCGCAGCAGCAGCAGCAGCAGCAGCAGGGGACGACGCCGGCGCCGGGGACGGUGCGCGUCGACAAGGCGUCGCCCGCGUCCAGCUUCCGCCAGCUCGACGACGCCUUCCUGCAGAAACAAACAAAAAUCUGGCUUGGCGAAGUUCUACAUGUUAGGUUUGAUGAAGACAUUUUGGUAGCAGACCUUCUAGGUGAUGGGGAAUUGCUAUUUCAAGUUUCCAAAGUGAUAUGGAAGAGGCUACUCAGAAAGAACAAAGAACAACUCAAGCAAUCAAAAGUAUAUAUUUAUGAGAGGCCAUCUUUUGGUAAAAGCAAUGGGAAAUAUACGCCCUAUCCAAAAGUAGACUCGUUUCUAAAGGUAUGCCAAACCCUUGGAUUAGCUGGCAUUGAUUUGUUUACCCCUUCUGAUGUGGUCGAGAAAAGAAAUGUUCGGAAAGUCUGCAUGUGCAUACGUUCACUGUCUAAAAAGGCCGGGAUGAUGCAGCUAAACGUGCCUGAUUUUGAUGUUGUUACCCACACAAUAGCCAUGCCCAACUAUAUUGUUGGAGGCAUCCGCAGAAGUCUGGAGCAGCCUCAAUGCAGUUCAUCUUGUUCGAGUGGGCACAGUCCGCGUGCCAUUUCUAAAAGCAUAUUUGAAGGACAGAGCGAUGAACAAGGCGACCGACAUUAUGACUCUGAUGAAGCAGAGAGCAAUCUCUUUGUGUUAGAGCCUCAGGAUUCUCUUGAUGACGACAAGCUUUCGGAGCUUUUGCAGUUAGGCAAUGCCCCCAAGGAAGAAAGAGAAGGCUAUGGGGACAGUGGACUUGAAAUGCCCGAAGAGAAGUCGCUAGCUGAAUCAGCGGGAUCACUUGACGCUGGUGUUAUGGAUGCUGAUACUACGAAUUCAACUCCUUUUCAUGAGAACCUACUCUCACCAACAGACCGGUGUUCAACAACUAGAACAAAUAAAUGUUCACUAAGCUCAGAAGAGUCAGACUCCAUAAACAGUUAUUUAGCAGCCGACGGUAGCAAGAAUGGUUUGGAUGGUCCUCAUGUCAAAGUGUCUGAAAGGAUUUAUGAUGGACACGUCGAACCUUCACAUGAUUCUGUUCAGGGAAAUGGGGAAGUAUUUGCCGACCAUCCAGAAAAAGAUGACAGCGCAAGCCGAGAGCUGAAACAUGAAUUCAGCACUAAGGAUCACAUGGACUCUUGCAAAUCCGACGAACAGGAUACAACUGAAAACAACAGAAAUGCUCGGGGCACAGGGAACGAUGCUCCAAAAUCUGGGAAUGGGGUGCUGAAGUCAGUUGCUGGAGGGAUAACGCUCAUCGGCGCGGUGUUCUUCGUAGCUCAUCUCAGGAGGAGCAAGGGGAUAAGCUUUACAACAAUUUUGCCUUCACUUUCUGAAAAAUCAAUUCAGAGCGAUUCAAGGGCGAAGAAUGUGGACAACGGAAAGACAACCGAGGUGUAUCCAGGCGGAUGGCUGAAGGUUUGACAGGAUGGACAUGACGAAUAAUCGGGCGCAAUUUGAAAGGUUAUAUCUGAUGUCUAUCCAUAUGCACUGUACUAAAGGAGCGAUAUAUACCAGCAGUAUCCUAAUUUGGUUA